GGCGCGCACAUCCCGCCUGAAGUAUCGCUAAUAAUCGUCGCGGUGGAACCGCGUUCGGACCACGUUAUCUCGUUAUUAGUUCGCGACGACUCCGACGAGUUUCCGUUGCUUUCGCGCGGAAAGUGAUCACUCCUCAAUGGGAGGGAAACGUUACAAGUGAAUUGCUCCUGUUGCUCGACCGGCGACGAGGAUCCCCCGGUUGGAUUUAUUCCUUUUCCUUCGACAACGUGACACGCACGUUCACGUGUCUCUUUCGUCCGCGAGAUAAAUUCGCGUUCAGGGAAAUCACGCGAUUUAGGCGCGCUUUGAAAGGCGGGCUUUGUAGGCUGGCAACCGCCAUCCCUACGAAGAAUUUCCUAUUUCAUUAUUUCAGAAGCCAACGUCGCGCCUGACGUCGAUUCGACGAUAAAUUCGAGAGGUCGCAUUCUUGUCUGCAUUUGCCGACUCGCCUCAUCGAGAACGAGCGUCCACGCAAAGUAAACGUCGUCAACCAACGUCAGGAUGGAUGAAGAUUUAGCUUCUUCCGGAAGAUCCCUCGCCGAGGCAAUGAACAUGGAAUCGCCAAUGUCCACCAUCGCCAGCGAUCUGUCGAGAUCAUCACUGGAUUCAGGCAGUGCAAAGAAGCGUCACUUUCCACGUUCAAAAGGUAUCUUCGGCACUUCUCAUCGCGUGAAUGAUCAGAGAAACGAAGGGUUUUUACAUCCAAAGGACAAGAUUUGUCAAGAUUCGAACGAUUAUGUUAACACAUCGAAUUCACGUGGAUGGCAAGAAUCCCUUGCAAAAAAUGACUACAAUAAGGAGAAUUGUGGCGCUGCUAGUAAUUUAUAUAGUCGCACACCUCAAAGAGUACACUAUAAGAAAGUACGACAACCCUUGGAAACCUACGAGGAGAACAGUCAGGACAGCGGUCAUCCAUCGAGCCCUACCAACGAAAAGGAGAACAAACGGCGUGAAAUCUACGCCGAGAACUGCGCGAUGUUGAGGAAUGUACCUAUGGAAUAUUCAAUGUGUUCAUUUGCUUCCGCACAUUCUCCAGCACGUGGUCAAUACAAGACCACAAGCUCAACUCUCUUGCGUAGCUUGUCGUCAGGAUACGAUAGUAUGGAUGAUGGGAUUGUGAACGAGCUUAACGAUAUGGAGACCAUGGACGAGGAAACACAACUACCGAGCGGCAUCGCGAAGCUACUAUCCGGCGACAUAGUCGCACCCGAGACAUCGACUGACUACGACGUCUCGACGACUCCUGAUUUCUCCAGAACUAUGUCAUCUAAAGUCAAAAAGUGGUUGUCGGUACAGAGCGGUAUAUACAAACGGAAUAUCAAGACGAUGUCGCCGCCGCUGGUAAGGUCGCCGCUGAUGAGAUCGCCGUUACUUGCGGGGACGCCGUCGACGGUGAGGACGUCGUUGAUGACGAAGUCAUCGCCGUUGGAAAAGAUGCCGCCUUUAUCAAAAAUCCGCACUUGCCUGUUUCGCUCGCCGACGGCAAGCUGCUCGAAAAGGACAAUGAUGAGAACAUACAGCUACGACGAGGCCACAGCACCUUACUACAGAUUACAAAUGGAAAUCUCACCGCAUUCCGCCAGAUCUUUCAAACGGCCGUCGGAAGACCUACUAGAGGACGAAGCGUCGAUAUUAAAAAGAUCGCGCAAGUCCAACAAUUUGAGUCUCGAUACAACACCCGUAUCGGCGAAACGCUCAAGUACCUUGACGCACUCACGCUCUCUACAGAGAAGUCUAUCAGAAAGGACGGGCCUGACCGAAACACAUACAAACAUCAAGUGGGCGAUCCAUCGCAGCAUCACUGAUUCCGAUCUCAUCGGUGACUUCAGUAAGCCGUGUAUACUGCCGCUCACGAACGGCAUCCAUGGGGAUCUAAAAACAAUCACAUCCGACACAUUGGCAGCGCUCUUACGUGGCGAAUUUGCCGACCGUGUUGAUUGUUAUACAAUCAUCGAUUGCCGAUAUCCAUAUGAGUAUAAGGCAGGUCACAUCGCAGGAGCAGUGAAUAUCUAUAAUAUGGAUCUCAUCCAGCAGAUCAUGCUCGAUCAUCUGGUCGACACCGUUCCGAAGAUCCAGCUCGAUACCGAUCAACGCAAAAUAAUCGUAUUUCAUUGCGAGUUUUCGUGGGAGCGCGGGCCGAAUCUCUCGAGGUUUUUACGCAAACUGGAUCGCGCGUGUAACAAAGAAUUUUAUCCGGCACUGCACUAUCCGGAGAUGUAUCUCUUGCUAGGGGGCUACGAGAAAUUUUACAGCGAACAGAAGGAGUUUUGCUCGCCGCAGGGUUACAAACCGAUGAAGCACCCCAAUCACGAAGAGGAAUGCCGAUUCUUUCGUAGAAAGUGCAAGAGCUGGCAGGCGGAGAAGACCAAAGGGAUCAACCAGGCAGUGCGAACAAAUCUCGAGCGUUUCGCCUUUUAAACGGAUGUUCGUUUCUUUAUUUGCAUUUAAUCUAAUUUUUAAGGCUCAGUCUAUACUCUCUCUCCCGUCGUACUAGUCGUGAAUCGUUAGACGUUGAACGUCCUCAGAGACGGUCGGGAUAUCAAACACGCGCGCGCCAUGCGCGUCGCUAAAGUGCAAAAGCGUAAAGAGAUUAGUUUAUUAUUUUUUUAAUUUUCGGUUGCUCUUUGCGCUAUAUAAUUUGACUGACACGAGGAAUUUUCUA